CGCUUCUCAUCUUAUCAGAUUCACCCGCGACGCGCUGCUCUUCCAGUUCACCCAGAUUCUCCCCUGCGUUAGCAAACAGUGCCAAGACUAAUUCACUGCUGCAAUGGCCAUAGACACUACACAGCUCGAAGCUGCCAUCAGAAAUGCGAUUCCAGUCGCGCACCUGGAGAUCGAGGACCAGUCGAGCGGAUGCGGGGAGAGUUACGCGAUCAUCCUCGUUAGUCCUGCCUUCGAAGGGAAGAACACCCUCGCACGGCACCGCAUGGUGAACGAGAUGUUGAAGAACGAAAUAGCGCAGAUGCAUGCAUUCUCGCAGAAAACCUUUACCCCGGCGCAGUACCAGACCUACCUCGCGAGUAGGGGAUAGCAAGCUACCCCUCCCUCCCUCGUCCCGUCUCGUCCCCAGUCAAGUCAAAGAAAUUACGAUGGAUACCCCAUGUUGUAUGUACAAACUACCGUGUAGCACCUACCCUAUAGACGUAUCAUGCACUAAUGCAACUUCAUAACC